UCCUGAGAGCGUAAAUUCACUGUAUCAGGGUAUAUGUUAAGCUGCUGGGAGGCAUUUGGCUUUUUUGCUGCUAGAGAUGUUGGUGAAACAAUGAGAAUGGAAAAAACACAGCUUGGGUUUAGAAAUGGUCCAGGUGUGGCUAUGAAGUCCUCCAUAGUUGGUUGUACUUUACAGGCAUCCUGCAGAGGCUUUUUCCUGCUUCCUUGUGGUAGCGCUGAUGGCUCUGUUGCAGCUGCUGCAGCAUCUCCCCAGAAAGCACUGUGCCACUGGCACAGGGGCUGUCGCCUGCAGGUAGGGAGCUGACACCCAUCAGCUGUGUGGCCACAGGGGAGGGUGGUCAGCUCUGGGAAAGGAGCUGUGCCCAUGCAAAAGUGUGCAGAACUGGGGCCUCCCCUGAGGCUGCCUCAUGGUACGGCUUAGCUGUGGAAACCCCCAUCCCAACUAGCCAGUUCCCUCCAGAUUUUCCCAUAAGCCUAGAAGAAUUGGAGUAACAUUUCUUUCUGGGAGUAGAGUGCCUGAGUUUUAUUAAGAAAGCUUGUAGGGGUCUGUCUGAAGACCUCUCUGUCCCAGCUUACCACCCUUCAUGAAAUGGCCUUAGACUACUCAUGCUUUCAAGCUCAUGCUUUCCUUUAACAUGACUAGUUUCCUGCUGUCCAGUAUUUCAGCUGCCUUUUGCUCCCUGAAGGCUCAAGCUUUCUCCCAAGCACCAUUUUCCCAGGUCUCCCAUGAAGGGUCAGUUUGUCUAACUGCAUCUGUCCUCUCUGGGGGCCUGAGAAACUCCAGACUGACAUUUUCCAGUUAAUCAUCUGGUCCUUUUAACUCUUCCUCCUUACUAGAUGUUUUUUGAAGAAAACACAUGACCUUAAGUGUGAAUGCUUCAGGAUUCAGUGCUCAGAGUGACCCAUUCCAUGUCCCAGCAGCCAUGGACAAUGUCAUCUUCCACUGAGACCCACAGAGAUGGAGCCCAGCUCUCCUGUCAGCUCAGCUUGAAAUGGUGGCAGAAGGACUUGUGUGGGAUAAUGAUGUAUCAGCUCACGCCCAGACUGUUGUCAGGGCCAAAUAUGAAUUUUUACUUGGCUUGGAAGAAAAGAAGCCUUCAGAAAGGGGUAGUGGCCAUGGAAGUAGCACUUUGCUUCCCCAUACCAUCAUCAAUGAAUUUCCAGAGUACGGCACUGUAGAGCCAAGCAGAGAUGUGCCAAGGGCUUCAUUGCCGUGUGCAGCAGAGCCUGUGACACGCAGUCCAGAAAGACGGGACAGUCACCACCAGGUAUCUGGCAGGCCACCUCCUCAGCGUGCAACUCCUGCAGACAGUUUGAGACCUGACACUGGGGCAGCGCAGCUGCAUGGCCCAGAACGUUUGCAACUUGUGAGUAACUUGCCAGAAAUUACAAAAAGCUCUCCACGGUUGGAAGCAACAAAGGUGCAAGAGAGAACAAAUACUUUUCUUGAUUCAGAGACACAAAUGGAAAAAAAGAGCGUUACUGGCAGCCAGAACAUGAAGGCAGCCAGAGAACCAGUUCCAGCAGGCCGAGAAAAACCAUCAGACGUGCCUCUUCCAUCUGAAAGAACAGCUGAGGAAAAAAUGCAUUUGAUCAUAGAGAAAGAUCUGGCUGCAGUAUGGACUGGAGAAAAGCAGUCCGAGUCCUUGCAAGCCAUCAGUAAUAAAGCUGAGGAGGUCCACAUAGCGCAGGAGACAAGCUGUCAUAGACCAUCUGUGACAAACCUGGAAGCAGCCAGCAGAGUGGAGGGGUGGGCGCAUUUUGAGGAGUUUUCAGCAUACAGUCAAGGCAAAAUGCAAAUAGGUCCUGAGAGGAGGCUCUCUAAAGAGGCAGCUGUGAGCAAACAUGUAGAAUUUCAAGGGGUGGAGAUUUUAUGGCUGCAAAAAGCCGAGGAGCAGAGAAGAAAGAAGCACUCGCUGCUGGAGACUGUGUCUGUGGAGAGGAAGGCGUUCCCCAAAACAUCCAGCUACCCUACACCACUGAUGGUCUCCCCAGGCUUAGUCUCCUCGCUGGACAGUGCUUGGAACGAGGCCUGUGAUGACCCAAGGCUGGGACCCACUGCCUCUGGACCCACUCCUCUAGCGCUACUCAAUGAAAGUGGGGAAGAUGAAGUUUUUUUGAAGGACAAGAACAACCAUGAUGAGGAGAAGACAGCUGUACUAGCCAGAGGCCAGGGCAGGAUGAUGGAGGAGGGGGAAGCAGCCACAGGAGGGUAUGAAGAUAACCUUGGGCAGAGGCACUCUGAUGUCUCCACUGAUCUGUACAGCUCACAGUUCGAAAACAUCCUAGACAAUGCAUCUUUAUACUACAGCGCAGAGUCGCUGGAGACAUUGUACUCGGAGCCUGAUAGCUACUUCAGCUUUGAGAUGCCACUCACUCCCAUGAUCCAGCAGCGCAUGAAGGAGGGCAGCCAGUUUUUAGAUCGGACACCAGCCUUGGGGCAGCCUGAUGUCCUGCAGCUUUCCCCUGAUGGGGAGGUGAAGGCCUGCAGUGAAGGCAUCGUCAAUGGCUUAAGGGAUGUAAGUGAAACAUUCUUCAGAGGAGACGUAACGGAAGUCCCUUGUUUGGAAAGGAAUGCUAAACUGCAGAGUACGGUGUUAGAUUCCAGUACUGCCAUGGAGAGCAGUGAACUUCAGGAGAAAGAUGCCACUGGAGCCCUUGGCCAUGAUCUCAACAAUGGCAACAGCAGCAAUUUGGAAGCAGCCAGGCGUCUGGCUAAGCGCCUCUACCAUCUGGACAGAUUCAGACGCUCUGAUGUGGCAAAGCAUUUGGGUAAAAACAACGAAUUCAGCAAGCUUGUGGCUGAAGAAUACCUUAAGUUUUUUGACUUCACAGGCAUGACGCUGGACUACUCGCUGAGGAGUUUCUUUAAAGCCUUUUCACUUAUCGGAGAAACUCAGGAACGAGAGAGAGUUUUAAUUCAUUUCUCCAGCAGAUACUACCAGUGCAACCCAAACACCAUUUCUUCUCAAGAUGGAGUUCACUGUCUCACUUGUGCCAUGAUGCUGCUGAACACAGACCUGCAUGGCCAUAACAUUGGGAAGAAGAUGACCUGCCAAGAGUUCAUUGCUAACCUCCAGGGGAUGAAUGAUGGCAAAGACUUCCCAAAAGGGCUGUUGAAGGCCCUCUACAAUUCAAUCAAGAAUGAGAAGCUGGAAUGGGCAGUGGAUGAAGAAGAGAAAAAAAAGUCUCACUCAGAUGUUACAGAUGAAAAGGAUAAUGGAAGCCAGAUGAAGGCUGUCAGUCGAAUUGGCAACUCAAAUAACCCGUUUCUGGACAUCCCUCAUGACCCCAAUGCUGCUGUGUAUAAAACUGGAUUUCUGGCUCGGAAAAUCCAUGCAGAUAUGGAUGGAAAGAAAACUCCCCGGGGAAAGAGAGGCUGGAAAACCUUUUAUGCUGUGCUGAAGGGAACAGUCCUGUACUUGCAGAAGGAUGAAUAUAAGCCAGAAAAAGCUUUGUCGGAGGAAGAUCUGAAGAACGCAGUUAGUGUGCAUCAUGCACUAGCAUCCAAGGCAACAGACUAUGAGAAGAAACCAAAUGUCCUGAAGCUUAAAACAGCAGAUUGGAGAGUCUUGCUUUUCCAAGCCCAGAGCCAAGAAGAAAUGCAGACCUGGAUCAACAAGAUAAACUGUGUGGCUGCUGUCUUCUCUGCACCUCCAUUUCCAGCGGCAAUUGGCUCUCAAAAGAAAUUCAGUCGCCCGCUCCUGCCAGCCACCACAACGAAGCUAUCUCAGGAUGAACAGCUGAAGUCACAUGAAGCUAAAUUGAAGCAGAUCUCCACUGAGCUCGCCGAACAUCGGUCCUAUCCUCCUGACAAGAAGCUUAAAGGCAAGGAAGUAGAUGAUUACAAACUGAAGGACCACUAUCUGGAGUUUGAAAAAAGUCGCUAUGAGAUUUAUGUUGGCCUCCUGAAAGAAGGGGUGAAGGAGCUGCUGAACGGAGGAGAGAACGAUGUGCCAGGACUGAAGAAAUCCCACUCGAGUCCCUCAUUGAAUCAGGAGUCUCCAGUUAGUGCCAAGGUGAAGCGCAAUGUCUCGGAGAGGAAGGACUACAGGCCAGAAACACCCAGCAUUAAACAAAAGGUCACUUAAGACGGAAAUGACAACUAGGGGAACAGCCAUGCAGGAAAGUACUGGUGGUCAAAGUUUUUCCAUUUAGUUACCUGUCAUUCAUGAAAAAUAAGUACAUCUGCCUGAAUGGGGUGUUAGUGACAUUUUCUAUUGUAUAUUUUGCUGUUUCUGUGCAGAUUGUGGGAGAUGUCUUUGCUCCUGCUUUGCUUUGCUUUGUUAAUUUAUCAUUUAGCAAUUGAAGCAUUGGGAAUUAUUUGUGUUGUUCUGUUUCUAAAGGAGCUGGGGAAGGGGUAGAGUGCUGUGAUGUAUAUUCUAUCUCUUCCCCGUUUAUCUCCUCCCAUCGGCACGUGGCUUUCAUCACUCAAGUCACUUGUCACUUUAUUUACGUGGUAGGUGGGAAAAGUAACUGGACAAAUGCUGCAGUGCUGUGAAUGCAAGCUGUAGCUGUGUGAAAAGCUGUGCAAAAGGGCAAGUACAGAAGGCUGGCUAGAGCCUAGGGUGCUGGGAAUACUGGUUUCCUGACAGUGGUACUUAGCAGUGGGUGCUACAGUUAAUAGCCACUGUUGCUUGUCGUUAAUGCAUUGACCCUGAAUUUAUGAGCAUGAAGGAGACCUGUGGCAGUGCUGGGCUGACAGCAUUGGAAUAAUUUGUCUGCUUCUUUCCAAGCAAAGUCUUAUUCCUGAGUUAGCAGGCUGCGGGGUAUCCAAACCUGUGCUGUUUCUGCAGUAAAGAGAUUAGGGGAUUACCCAGUCAGAAUGACUACCUGAUCUUUAAAUGUAUUGGUAGAGGAUGCUUCUGAAGAUGCCAGCCAUUAGCACUGUAUUUUAAAGACAAAGGGCCUCUGUGUAAUUUUUAACCAUAUGCUCUCACUUCGCUGCUAUAUAGAGCCUUAUGAUAUAUUGUGCCCUGAUGCUCCCCCUUCCCGGAGUUUCCUUGUUGGUGUGCACAGAUGGUUGUUCGAAGUUUUUCUGCUAGUGACAAAAAGCACUUUGCCUUUUCUCUUAAGGAAGAGAUUGUCCUUAGCUCUCCAUUUUCCUGCUUUAGCUCACAUAUAGGUGGAACAGGCUGGUGCAGACAGGUGAAGGGACAUAUGUGUCCUUGCUGCAGGCCAGUCUGAUGAUGUCCUGGCUACUCCAUGCCUGGAGGCCAGCACAAGGCAGCCUCAGCUUUGACAGAUCCUACCUUCCACCCACAGGGAACCAAUCCACCUUACAGCUCAUGCAUACCCUGCACCAGGCUUUCAGAGGGGAGCUCAGGACAGGGAGAGACCACCAUGAGUAGAGCUUUCCAUACCUGAAAGCCCCCUGUUUGUGCCACAGACCCUCAGGGUGGCCAGAAGUCUCCAGGCACAUGGAGUAGAAAGAAUGAUGUAGAAAUCAUUUUCCUGCUUCCUAGCCUCCCUUGCCUGGGCGGCACUGUGGCUCUGCAGAGUGUGCUGGC